UUCUGUCGGGAGCAUAUAAACUACAAACAGUUCAGAUUGAUGAUUCCCUCUUUAAUUCAAUAAUUUUCCUUUUGGAAAAUUAAAGAUUUCUUUAUUAAGGAAUAUCAAUUUGAAUGGACCAGAUUUUGUUUUGAUACAGAAUUGAGAACUCAUUUAAGUGGAAGAAAACUAUCAAAAUAGAAUAUAAACCUACUGUGGGGUAAAACUAAUUAGUAAUUCAACGAAAACACAGAAAACAGUCUGGUUAAAAUGAAUACCCUUGUUAUUCCAAUACUAUCACAACUAAUGAGGUGAAUGGAGGGCUGUAAUUAGAUACAAUGGGAAAAUAAUGAGUCGUAAUACGAGUUCUUAUUCGAACAGGAAAACCAAGUUAUCUGUAGUAUUUUUUCUUUACGCUAUAUGUAAUUUACAUAAAAAUGAUCUUGUCAUAUUGAUAAUAUGAUAAUUGUCGCAAAAUUAUUUCAGGAACGAGUAUGAUGGAAUCAGAACAAGGGAGAAGUUUGGUGAGAAGUAAAUCAGCCCUGAAGAAAAACAAAAGCAGGUCUGGUAGUCUGUUUGGUUGUACGAAGGGCCAACAGGAAGACUUGUCAUUAUUAGUCGACUGUCUGGAACGUCAGUUGAGACUGAAAUCUUUGGAGGUUGACGAACUAAAGAAGGAGAAUAAGGAAUGGAAGGAUAAAUUCAUGACAAUGGUUGAAAAGAUGGGUAACUCGGUGAUACUACAUGAUUGUAAUCAUGUUAUAUAUGGUGACGGAGGUGUGAUUAAAGCUGUGGAAACUCUGGAUACUACUAGACUAGACACAUACAUAGAGACAGUGACGAAAACUCUGAAUAAGGCUGCAGAGGACAAGAAAACGUUGGAAUUCACAGCACGACGGCUUGAGGAAGCCUUUGACAACGUGGAAAACAAGAUGAACGUGAUGGAAUCUCACUUUAGUGAUAUGAAUGCAACACUGACGCGAGACUUUAACAAGGUCGCCAAAAAAUUGACGCAACACAACUUGGAUAUUGCUGAUCAAUUUAGCAAUUUGAGAAUGAUAUUCCAGAGAGUUCAAAGUAGCAGAACGAACGAGACAUGGGGAGGGGACGAAACCAGGAAACUCGAAACUGGAAUCAGUUCCAUACGCGACAUGGGAGGCCUAAGAGCUGAUUUGACUGCCUCUACACUUCCGCUUCCUGCCAGAAAGCUAAACAAUAUGCUCACCGAGAAAUAUGGAACAAUACCAGUCCAGUUGGAAAAGCUUCUCACCUCCAGCUCCAAGGGCUACUACGAGUCCCUCCGACAGCUUUGAAAACACUGUGGCGCGGUGGCUUGUAGGCUGGGUUCAUAGUAGUUCAGACAACACGGCAGAUGUCCUACGGAGGGAAUUGAACAAUCUUGACAGGCAGGUCAGCGUUGUCAGCGACAGCGAGGACUGAAAAUACAGUUAUCUUCAAGAAUAGGACAAGUCUCACCCUGCUGAGUUUUACUUCUCUCCCAGGGUUUUGUGUAUGGUGAUUAACAUGUCAUGUCAUCCCAUAUCAUAUUAACAUCUAUCGUCAAAAGACAACAUGUCUCGGUAAUCAGAACACACGUAGGGAAUGAAAGAGAACGGAGUACAAGAUGAGAAAGAGGUACCAUGUGUAAGGAGAUAUUAAUUUCUAGGGCACUCCACUCUGGCGUUUCCAAAAGGAUGCGUGGAAAUAAUUUAAGCAUAAAACCCCCAAUACUUGUCAGUGUUAUAUGUCUUACGAAAGGAAAGUUGGUCACAAUGCGGACAUUUGAUUUAGAUUGUUAUUACAGUGACAAUCUAAUCGAUAUAAGAUUAUUCUUGCUCCCAAAAUAUCCUCUGCGAUACGCUGCAAAAUCGCAGAGGAGCGGAAUUUAUAAGUUUUAUAAAAUUGAAGACGGGUUCAUUUAAUCUGCUUGUUCGCUACGACGGUUGUCCAUUUUAACCGAUUGAGUGACAAAUAAAGAAAAUACUCUGAUAUCAGCAGACGACCACCGUUUCAAUGUCACGUCAUUAAAUUGACAGUUUUUACAACCACAACACAGCAAUACGCCUGGCAUCGCUCAGGGAAAGAAACAUACCCCACUCCUUUUUUUAUCGAUUCCAAACUAUACUACAAUUAUCAAGUGUAACAUUUGGUUUACCGUUUUCCUCUUUUCAGACAUGUUCUUGGUUUAAGCGACUGUAAUGUUUAACAUCGUCUCCAUUUGAGUCAAUUUCCCUGGUAAAAUACAGGAAAAAUCAUUAAUCCUUAUGUAGGCAUGGGAGAUGAGGAAAUGCUACCCUCGGAGUUUGGGUUUGAAAUUUCUUCAGUUCUGACCUCGCGAGUAGAAUUGACCUUUCUCAAUUCUUUAAGAUAUAUGAAAGACACAGCCUCUGUCUCAGGAAUAACGUACUAGCUCAGUCAAUGUUGUUUACGUUUGUUUCGUAUGUGUUUAUAAUGGUGUUGAAUGUUAUUUAACUAUUUUCUAGUCUCUAACAAUGUUUUAUACUCUUGACAAUCCUGGACUGAAUUCUGUCUCCUACGCAAUCUGAAACAAUUUUGGAAUUAAGUUCGUACUUUGCCAACCUCGUACGACGUUGCUUUUCAUGACGUUAUCUGUAAUUGGCUAAAUCGUAACUUUCACCCCCUACAUUCUAUGUUCUCUUGACACAAACAUAUCUUUCAACAAUAUGUAAGCAUUGUUUUAGGAAACAAUAGUGAGUCGAUUAUACAUUGUUUCAUAUAAGCAAAGCAUAAGAAAUUUACCUGUGUUUUACACCGCACAUUUCCAAAAUGCAGAUACAAUAAGUAUUUGGUUUAAAUUGGUCAUUUAUAACUCUGAUCUCCUGUGUUUUAUAAUACGUGUAGCUGUCUCGCGGGAAUUUUAUGAUUAUACUGUAUAUAACUUUGCCAUUUAGGGGUUAUAUUAAAUUGUUUUAAUGACAACGUUUAUUUUUCUAGUACACGGCUUUGUUUAUUUUUAAAUCGUAUCCUCACACAAAUUUAUCUUUCAUAUUUCUGUUAGCAUAGAAGCAUACAACGUAGAAGUAGUCUUUUCUGUGCAAUCGGUAAUUAUGUUUUUGAGGUGAUGCCGUGUUUUGUGUUGUGAGAAUACAUGUAAUAUUAUUAAUUAAGAGAGAGUGUGGUGAUUGUUAUAUAUAAAAAAGGAUGUAGUAUUUUUGUUAGUAAGUAGAGACUUUGCUCGAAGACAUUUUUGUAAGUGGAUUAUUUUUAUGUACAUUGUAGUAUUUUUAAUGGAGUAUUUACCUGUUGUGAUUUUAAUUAGUAGAUUAUUUGAAGGAAGCGCUCUAUCAGUAGAUACUGCGUAUUUUUUUUUUCUUUUUUUAUAGUGGAUGACCUAUAUGUAUGAUUUAAAGGAGCAUUCCUUUGUUCGGACAUCAGAAACAUACACAAUUUCUAUUGAUGAAAUUUAUGUCCGAACGAUGAUUAUACGAGUGUCUGUGCCUACAUGUAAUAAAAUUAACGCCGAAAUGUACAAGAAAAAGGCGUAUCGUAUACAAAUUAUACAAAUACUGUAUGUAUUUGUGGUAAUUAGUGAUACUUCGGGUCGAAUUAAGAAUUUUCAGGACUUAAUGCUCGAAGAACUUUAGGUUAUCUUGAGAGUAAAUUUACAUUAUCAGUGUAAAGAUUAUAACUUUUACUACUUGGAAAAAAUACAAAUUUCCCAGGACGUUCAAUUUUGACGACCUAAACUUUAUUCAAACGAAGGAAUGCCCCUUUAACUGGUAGUCGAUAUUUGUAAGAAGUAAUUUUUAAUUAGCAGAUUAUUUGUAUGUAAUGGUCUGUUAUUAGAUAAUUAGUGUGUGUGGUUUGUAACUAUAUGAUUUAGAUGUAGCAAUUUGUUUGUAGAUAACUUGUAAAUGUUAAUAGAUAUUUUUAGGUUAUUUUUAUGAUGUGCUUUGUUAGUAGAUAAAUAUUUGUAAUGAUUUACUGUUUAUCAUUUCAGUAGAGACUUUGUGGCUUGGUUUAUCAGGAAGUUGAUAGUUACAUGUUUUUUAACAGCUUUACUUACAUCUUCAAAUUAAAGUGCUAACCUUUGUCAA